AUGUUCAAGCCUGUCGUCUUCGCGCUCGCCUUCGCUUCCGUUGCCCAUGCGGCGUGUCCCGACGGAGAGGAGGAGAUCAGCGUCCAGGGGAUCGACAGCUACUUCUGCGUCAACGGCGAGGGCUGUGCGGGCUCCAACUCCCUCGGCCUCUGCCCGGACGAGCAGGACGGCUUGGAGUUCGGCUCGUACUGCGACCUGCUCGAGACGGGCGUCUACGGGUGCAAGCCGUACUCUGACUGGGACACAGCGUCGAGCACCGAGUACGACGCGCCGCUGAACUGCACGGGCAACAUCGCGGGCGAAUUCUCCGUCAGCGACGGACUGCCCGACGGCUCCGUGUGUGUCAUCAUCCAGACCGGCGUCUACGGCUGUGUGCUUCCCCCGACGUCCCCCAAAGACGCUCCACCACCACCAGCAGUAGCAGUCUCAGUCGCAGCCCCCACCAGCCUCACAGACUGCGCCCCAUCCGCGCUGCACGAGUACGUGGCCUCGUGUCUCGAGCGCGCGCUGGGCCGCGCCCUGCCGCACAUGGAGAUCCGCUUCAAGCGCCUGAGCGUGACGGCCGACGUGCCGGUGGUGGAGCAGACGAGCGGCCUCCCCACGCUCUGGAACGCCGUGCGCCUGGCGGUCGCCGGCGUCGGCCGCAAGCCGCGCGUGGUGCGCAAGGAGAUCCUCAAGGACGUGAGCGGCAGCUUCCGGCCGGGCUCCAUGACGCUCGUGCUGGGGCAGCCGGGCUCGGGCAAGUCGGCGCUCAUGAAGGUGCUGAGCGGCCGCUUCCCGCUGGCCAAGAACGUGGCGCUGACUGGGGAGAUCACGUACAACGGGGAGACGCAGGAGCGGGUCAGGGACCAACUGCCGCAGUUCGUGGCGUACGUGACGCAGCGCGACAACCACUUCGCGGUUCUGACAGUCCGCGAGACGCUUGAGUUCGCCCACAAGUUCUGCGGGGGAGAGCUCAUCCGACGCGGCGAGGAGCUGCUGACCAACGGCACGGAGGAGGAGAACGCGCGCGCUCUGGAGGCCGCGCGCGAGCUCUUCGAUAAGUACCCGGACAUCGUCGUCCAGCAGCUCGGACUGCAGGACUGCCAGGACACGAUCGUGGGCGACGCGCUGAUGAGGGGCAUCUCUGGAGGCGAGAAGAAGCGGGUCACGACGGGGGAGAUGGAGUUCGGCAUGAAGUACGUGACGCUCAUGGACGAGAUCAGCACGGGCCUCGACAGCGCCGCCACCUUCGACAUCAUCAAUACCCAGUGCAGUGUGGCGCGCAAGUUCAACAAGACGGUGGUGGCGCUGUUCGAUGAGAUCUUGAUCCUCAACGCCGGAGAAGUCAUGUAUCACGGCCCCAUGCAGGAAGUGGUGCCGUACUUCUCGGCGCUGGGCUUCGAAUGCCCCACUGGGCGUGAUGUGGCGGAUUUCUUGAUGGAUCUGGGCACGAAGCAGCAGGGUCAGUACCAGGUGGAGCUGUCCACACGCAACUACGUCCACCCUAGAGAACCCAGCGAGUUCGCGCGCGUCUUCCGCGAGUCGCAGAUCUACCAGGACACGCUUCGCAAGCUGGAGGAGCCGCUGCAGCCGACGCUGCUGGAACACGUCGACCAGCACAUGAACCCCAUGCCGCAGUUCCACCAGUCCUUCUGGGAGAACACGAGGACGCUGCUGCACCGCCAGGUCCUCAUCACGGUGCGAAACAAGCCGUACAUCUUCGGGCGCGGCCUCAUGAUCACCGUCAUGGGGCUGCUGUAUGCCACGUCCUUCUACCAGUUCGACCCAACGGAGAUCCAGGUCGUCAUCGGUAUCAUCUUCGCGGCCUCGCUCUUCCUGUCGCUGGGGCAGGCGUCACAGCUCCCGACGUUUAUUGCGGCUCGCGACAUCUUCUACAAGCAGCGCGGGGCCAACUUCUUCCGGACGUCGUCGUACGUGCUGGCCAACUCGGUGAGUCAGCUGCCGCUGUGCGUGGCUGAGACUCUGAUCUUCGGCACGCUCGUGUACUGGAUGUUCGUCUCGCACGCCAGCGAGUUCUUCCUGUUCCUGCUCGUGCUCUUCCUGACCAACGUGAGUCUUGGAUCCUUCUACUUCUCGCUAACUGCAGCCUCCAAGGACAUCAACAUCGCCACGCCGAUCUCCAUGGCUGCCACACUUAUCAUCAUCAUCUGGGCAUACUCAGCGCCAGUGCGGCGAGGGGGCGCAGCAGGGCGCAUGGUCCCGUGCAGGGCGCAUGGAUACUGGAACCAAAAAUGCACGACUCCGUCCUUCUCCUCGUACUCGUCCGCGCUCUCCUCCUCCUCGACCUUCUCCUCCUCGUCCUUCUCCUCGCGCUGUGCCGCCUUCUUCUCCCAAUACCUCGCUUUCCCCCUCUGGGGCUUUUUCGAGGCACUCCUCACAGUACUUGAAGAACCCUCCCCCGUCCCUGGCCUUCGCGGAGUUCCCGCAUUGCCUGCACUUGCCGGGUCGGCGUGGACGCUGUUGCUUUUGUCGGAUCCCGUGCGAGGCGUUGAAGUCCAGCUUGGCCCGGCCUCGGACGCGGCACCAGUCACACUCUGA